AUGUAUUCAAUUACAGCUCGUUUUAAUUAAAUCGUGUUCUUUACAUCAUGGACAUUAGGUAUAUUGAUUAUACUAAAGAAGUCGUGUUAUCAUUGCUUAAUUAGGGUACAGCAUAUUUCUUUAAGACUGGAAAGCCAACAGUAGAUCUAAAGAUAUUGAGUGCAGAUAAAUUGUAUUGAAGAUUAAAUGAUUAUUCUGUUUAGUCAUCAUUUCAAGGCCACUUAUUAUAAUGGAGGUGUAACCGAUUGGGAUUAAGUGACAUUUAAAUUUUCAUUAGAGGCAGGUUUUUUAUACACGUAAUAUUAUUAUUAGAUUUUGAACCAGUGUAUAAUUGGAACUUGAAACAAUUAUUUUUAUAUGUGAAUGUUCAUCAUUUACAUUAGGAGAAAGGAGUAAUGAAUUUCUAUAAAUUUUAAUAGUAUGAAUCAGAUUGUGUGAUAUAUGAUAAAAUCAUUUCUAGACCAGAUGAUCCUAAUAGUUGGAGUACUUCAUCUAAAGUAUUUUUAAAUAAAAUCUUAGCUUGUUUUGAAAAAUCAAAGAGCUGAAUAUCCACUCAAAGAUAUUCAUAAAUAAUUGCGUAAUGCUACAGUGAAUUUUGAAGUGUGGAUAGAAGUUAUGCCUUAUGUUGGUUAUAUAAGGAGAGAGAAAUUGGGUGAUUUCGAAUAUAAAAUGCCUUAAUAGUAUAAUUGAGAUGUG